AUGCCCAAAUCAUCUGUGGCUCCUCGAGCUUCACAAGAAUGCAGCAAGAGAAGCAUAGCCGAGUACCUGUUGCGAUCUACAUCAACGGUUCUGGAAACCAUAUUUCAGGAAAGCGGCAACGUCGGUGCAUCAAUCGGCCUCUUGGAAGAUGGGAACUACACCUUCCAUGAUAUUGGCACCCGUGCCCUUGACGACGACCAGCCCCCUACUAAGAAUUCAAGAUAUCUCAUAUCAUCCAUGACCAAGCCUUUUAUGGGCCUUGCAAUAUCAAUUCUUGUCGCUGACGGAAGACAUGGCAUCUGUUUUGAAACACCUGUGAAGGAUAUCCUUCCAGAACUUGAGGGACGAACCGCACUGGUGUCGGACCAGAUGGAGCCUGAGCUGACAAUCGGCCAUCUUUUGGCACACCGGUCCGAGUUCCUGAGGUACACCAACCUCUGGGAAAGUCCCAAGGGCCACAUUCCAUGGACGACCAUUGAUCCAGUCCUGUCGCUCCUCCGUCACAUGCCCCGAAGCAGCCAGUAUACAGAGAAGACAUUCGAUAAUUCUAGGAACUACUCCAACGAAUGCUUUGCCUUGCUUGCUGAGGUUGUAGAAAGGACCGCGAGGAUGCCGUGGGGAGAGUUUGUCACAGAGAGGAUUCUGCAGCCAUUGCAUUUGACCAGCACCUUUACCGACGUUCCGCAGGACCAUCUCCAGGACAGGAACAGCUAUGUUGCAUCUCACAGCGUGAGAGUAGAUGGUUUGAUGGCGGGAGGUCAUCAACUUUGGCAGAGGAAAUGCAUGACAGGUCCCAAGGCAGAACCCCUUUUGAUUGAACCCUCCCAGGUUUCCUGUGUCAACCGCGGCUCUAAACCAUCUCCGCUGGGGGCGGCGGCCGGCAUGAUGUCUUCAACGAAGGACUUGCUGAAGUUUUUCGGCUAUCUUCUUGAAGUCUUCGGCAGCCUCCAGGGACAAAGGUACGACCUCGGCCACAAGAUCUCUGAGGUCGAGCGUGGCAUGAUCACUUGGUGGCGCCAUAUCCUUUCACAUACGCAAUCGGAAAACUCCAUCUAUGCCGGCGGCUGGUUAGUGGCAAUAUUUUCCAAGAACACCACCAACAUAUCUUGGAACCCUUGCGACUUGAAACAUCGUUGGCCUGGCUCGGAUGGCGACAAUGCGCGUCGUCUUCAGAGCGCCAUUAGGAGCAGCCACAGUGAUGGAGCUCUCACAGCCAAUCGCUUGUGGUACUUUUUCCAACAACUUUCGAUUGGUGGAGGCGUUGGUGUUGGCAAGAAGCUGGCGCUCUAUCACGGCGGGAAUAUGGUGGGCGCCACUUCGUCCUGCUUUCUCAUCGUGGUUCUUUGCAACACCCGUGGCUUUUACCUUGACGCAGCCAACAUCGCCUGCAUGUUUCUGGCUGAUGCUUUGGCACGGAAAGCGACCGAGCCUCGCGCACUUCAAACCUUGUGCGCAAACCUUGACACUGUGGUCCGACACAUUAAAGGCAGUUACAUACGGGAUUUGGCUCUCUACGAGACAAGGCUUGAACGGGAGUAUUCCCAACUUGCAUGUGCGGAAGACUUUGCGGGCUGUGUGGGGAGAUUCCGAUUGGUCCCGGGUGUGUUUGCUGAGAUUCAGGGGCAUGCUGGAGGGUCUUUGAGAUUUCAACUGUAUGGAAAAGGGUUUGAAUACCCACUGAGAGCCAGACAUGAUUGCUGCGCGGUCUCUUCAGAGGUGACCAUGACGUUUGCCAUGCCGAUGAGAGACUUGGUACCUCUUGGUGUAGGCGGAAACAACAGGUUGAAUAUUCGAGAUUUCGAGCUGGUGUUUAGGGGCCGAAGAGGGUCAGGCAGGCCGUUUGAGGAAUUUGUUUGGGUGUUUGAUCGGAACGGGGUUUAUGAGGAUGGGGAUGAGAGCGCAUUUGCUUGGAAACGUGUGGCCUGA